AUGUCGGGACGCGGAAGAUCGGCGUUGAGUUCGAAGUCGGGUCGGCCCGGUACGGAAACGCGAACGCGGGGAGUGGUACUGGGAUUGUCCGGAGCGAUCCAGCCUGAAAUGAUUGCACCGCUGUCUUGGUCAAUGUGGAAUUGCAUAGUUUCGGCAACUGGGCUUGAGUGGACGCCUCCUUGGCUGACUCCGAUUGAGGGUGUUUUGGAACAGAAAGAGAAUGUCCCGCGGCAGGCUCAAUUGGCCGACGAGCUGGAGCAUUUGCCGAAUCAGGGUGGUCAGGUCGAGGCCGUGGCUGUUUCGAAGGCGCUCCGGCUCAUGGCGCGCAAGGCAAGCCGCCUUGGAGCCCGGCGUCGUUUUUCGGAACAUCGAAGGAUUUCGAUGUUCGCGAUUGUCGGUCUCGUCUCGUUCCUGCUCUGCGUCCUGCUGCCGACAGCGUUCAGCGCGGUAUAUUUCGGCCUGCUGGCGUCGCCGCAGUACGUCUCGCAGGUCGCCUUUGCCGUGCGCGGACCAACGGCAACGAACGACCUUCUCGGCGGGCUGAGCAGUAUGGUCAAUCCUGAGCGCAACCAGGACGCCCUUAUCGUUGCGGACUAUAUUCGGAGCCAGCAGCUGGUGGAGGACCUCGAAGGCGAUAUCGGCCUGAAGCGACGCUUCACCCCGACCGGCCUCGACUAUUUCGCGCGGCUGAAGCCGACCGCCUCCAUCGAGGAUAUCGUCCUCUACUGGCAAUCCCGCGUCGAAACCAAGAUCGACAAGAAUUCGAGCGUCGUCACCGUGAUGGUGAAGGCUUUCACGCCCGAGGAUGCCCUCGACAUCGCGCAGGCGAUCAGGUCGCGCAGCGAGCGCCUGGUCAACGAGUUGUCCGAGAGGGCGAGGCAGGACACGGUGCGUGCCUACAGGCGGGAGGAUGCUUUCCUGCUGGCGGAGCGCCUCCUGGCGCUCAGCGAGAAGCUGAUCAAUGAGAUCUCCGAGCGAUCCCGAAAGGAUUCGCUGGAACAGGCCCAGUCGGAGCUCCUGAAGGCCAGGACGCUGGUCGAUGAGAAGCGCGCUGCGUUGGCGGCGUUCCGGACGCAGAACGAAGUGCUGGAUCCGAGCAUCAACGCGCUCGCCCUGGGUAGCAUCAUCGCCAACCUGACGAAGGAAAGGCUUGCGCUCGAGGCCCAACUGUCGACCUUGAAGAAUUCGAUGGGCGAGGACUCCCGGACUAUUCGCACAGUGCGAACGCAGCUGGCCACGCUGCAGGAUCAGAUUCGCAAGCUCGAGGGGCAGCUUACCAAUCCCGACGAGCAGCAGAGAGCG